UGUUUAAGUCAGUUGUCAAGGGAGAAAACGUGAGCGUAUGUGUGCAUAAUGUCGAAAUAGUGGUGCAACAGGUAGUUAUUAUGCUGGGUUUCCUGUGUUUGUGUCUCUUCCUUGUAGUUCAGUGCUUCAUAAUCGCAACAUUCAUUAUGAGGUACUGUUUCGAUUCUGCUAAUGCACUGCUUUUUAUACGUGAUUAUAGGCACAAUGGUGUAUUGAAUUAACGUUUUAGUGCAAACUACUCUACUGCUAAAUAAGACAUUUACGGAAUCCUACUUAUAGCUAUACAUCUAAUGUCAACUUGUCGUCAAUGCUUAUUUUAGAUUGACCUUGGAUCGUAAUUCACCCUAAAUUCAAUCUAAAACAGUUCACAGACACUUGAUCUUUAUAUUUAGUGAUUGUUGGUGGUACAGUGUUUUGAAUUGACAUUUUAGUGCAAAUUACUCUGCUAAAUUUGCCUUUUUUUCUUAUUUUUCAAACGAUAAGGCGUCCUACUUAGAGCUAUAGGAUCUAAUGUCAACUAUUUUGUCAUCUAAGCCUUUUUCAGAGUGACCUUGCAUAGUAAUUGACCCAAAAUACAUUUUAUGCACCCCUGGUGAUCUUAAUAUUCAGUGAUUAAAGGCACUACAUUGUUAUGAAUAGACAUUUUAGUGUCAAUUACUAAUCUAAAUAAGACAUUUUCUUAUUUUUCAGAGGAAAAGAUGUCCUACUUACAGCUAUAGCAUCUAAUGUCAACAUUGUUAUUAUUUUUUAAAAUCAGAGUCCCCUUGUAAAGUAGCUCGCCAAAAUACAGGCAAAAACAUUUAAAUACGCGCUUAGUGAUUUUCAUAUUCAGCAAGCUCAUACGACAAAGGAGCAGAUUGUUUGAAAGGAUGUACGACAGAUUUACGCAACAUUUUAGUAUUUUAGUAAUCUGUGCCACUGGUACCAUUUGUCAGCAACCUCCAGCAAAUCAGGUGCGGGGGUAAAGGGACGGUGAUAAGUUUAUCCAAUAGAAACCAAGCAUUGCUUUGACGAGCACCUCAGUCGACCAAUAGGUGAGGUCAUUAUGUCGCGCUCAGCGACAGCGGGGCGGGGCUUCAUCGGUGACGCCUCUGUCCAACAUGGAGUGCAGAGGCGAGAAAAAAAAAAGGCAGGACCACCCUAAAAACUUGGAUACGCUCAAUUUGAUCGCACCCACGCGAACCGGCGAGAUGCAAAAGUGUCACAACUAUUAAACAACAACAACAUUGUCCGCACAAUAGAAGGCCACAGCAAAUCGGGAAGUCAUUCUCGGGAACCAUUACGUGUAACAGUGACCGCCCUCGGUUAUUUUCGGGGAUUUGGGUGAAAGGUGACACCGCUGCGUGUGUUUACUUGAGAAUGCACAAUGCAGCGAGUGUGUCAGCCUCUCUGGGCUCCAUGGCCCUGCUGCGUCUCAUCGGGGUGUCCUGGCCCUGGAGUCUGAUGGCGGGACUCGGGGUGUACUUGGGCACCAGCAGCUGGAAGUAUUUCUACAUCGCGGCGCGGACCGCCAAGAGAGAUGUCACAGGCCUGUGCGUGCUACUGAGAGUCAAGCUGGCGCUGUGGCGCUACAUGCGCGACGGCAGCAACAUCCUCACCAUGUUUGCCCAGACGGUGAAACGCAACCCGAACAAGAUUGCGCUGAUCUACGAGGCCACGGGGGAAGCGUGGACGUUCACCCAGCUGGACCAAGUGUCCAACUCGGUGGCCAACUGGGCCAGAGGUCAGGGCUGGAUCACUGGAGACGUGGUGGCCCUCUUCAUGGAAAGCCGACCGUUGCAGGUGGCGCUCUGGCUGGGCUUGGCCAAGGUCGGCGUGGAAGCGGCUCUCAUCAACUUCAACCUCCGCAAGGACACCCUCCUGCACUGCAUCAGGGUGUCUCGGUCUCGGGCUAUUGUGUUUGGAGCCGAGCUUGCUGAUGCCGUGUUAGAGGUCAGCGCCUGCCUCGAUCAGUCCAUGUUGAGGUUUUGUACCGGAGACCUCAGCACUCAUCACGGGGCCUAUCUGGGUGCCACGCUCCUGGAUCCAAUUUUAGCGUCAACAUCGAGGCACUACCCUUUACCUUGUGUUAAACAUAAAGGCAUGAACGACCGUUUGUUUUACAUCUACACCUCUGGCACCACAGGACUCCCCAAGGCUGCCAUUAUCGUGCACAGUAGGUACUACAGAAUGACCGCUUUCAGCUACUAUGCUUUUCGCAUGCGCCCGGAUGACAUCAUCUACAACUGUCUUCCUCUUUAUCACUCUGCAGGUAACAUCUUGGGAGUCGGCCAAAGUCUGAUCCACGGUGUCACUGUCGUCGUCAAAAAGAAAUUCUCCGCAAGUCGAUUCUGGGAUGAUUGUAUCAAGUACAACUGCACUGUGGUCCAGUACAUCGGCGAAAUCUGCCGCUACCUGCUGUCUCAGCCAGUGCGGCCGUCAGAAAAGACCCAUAAGGUUCGCUUGGCCAUUGGAAACGGUCUGCGUCCCAGCGUGUGGGAAGCCUUUACCCAGCGUUUCGGGGUGGCGCAGAUCGGCGAAUUCUACGGAGCGACCGAGUGCAACUGUAGCAUCGCCAACUUGGACGGCAAGGUGGGGGCCUGUGGAUUUAACAGUCGCAUUCUGCCCAAUGUUUACCCCAUCCGUCUGGUCAAAGUGGAUGAGGACACGAUGGAGUUGGUUCGGAAUAGCCGGGGCCUCUGUGUGCCCUGUCAACCUGGUGAGCCGGGGCUCCUGGUGGGCUGCAUCAACCAAAAGGAUCCACUGAGGCGCUUUGAUGGCUACGUUAACCACGACGCCACGAGCAAGAAAAUAGCCCAAAAUGUCUUCAAGAAAAACGACUCAGCCUAUUUGUCAGGUGACGUCUUAGUGAUGGAUGACUUGGGCUACAUGUAUUUCCGCGACCGCAGCGGCGACACGUUCCGCUGGCGGGGAGAGAACGUGUCUACCACAGAAGUGGAAGGCAUACUGAGCAGUCUCUUGGAUCAGACUGAUGUGGCCGUGUACGGCGUGACGGUGCCAGGUGUCGAAGGGAAGGCGGGCAUGGCCGCCAUCACGGACACUGAUGGCACUUUCGACUGCGACGCCUUCCUGCAGAAGAUCCAGACCGCUCUCCCGCCGUACGCUCGGCCAGUGUUCCUACGACUGUCGCCGUGUGUUGACACCACAGGGACCUUCAAAAUCCAGAAAACCAGGCUGCAGAGGGAGAGCUACGACCCUCGCCUCACAAGCGACCGGAUCUACUUCUUAAACGUAAAAGUCGGGCGCUAUGUUGCGAUGGACGACCAGCUCUACUUUGCCAUAAUGGAGGCCCGAGUUCAUUUAUGACGUGGAAGUCUGGAAUUUCAACCCUUCAGGGAACAGAGUUGACACGACCCCUCACCAUGGCAGCACUGUUAAAGGUCAUUCCUUUUUAUUUUAUUUUUUAUUUUUUUUAAACACUGUAGGAGUCAUGCCGUGGCACGUGAGGACAUUUAUUACCUCUUCCACCUCACAGAGCCUUUGCCACACCUACUUGAGGGGCCAUCUUGACAAAGGAGGAUAGUAAGGUGGCUGGGUCAACUUACGAUUUACUCUUGUAGGACGCCAUUAAGGGAGUUGUUGGUCAAAUAGACAAAUACUAAUGUUUUUAAUGCUGUGGAUGAAAACAAACUAAUCCAUCUUCAUGUCCACAUCACUCAAAAGCAAUAAUUGUUAACGUGCCUUAGAUUUAAAAAAUUAAAAAAAGUUUUCUGUCUGGAGUUUUGUGCAAAAAGGACUUCAAAAGAAAAUGUCACCUUUUUGGGCUCUCAUAUCAUCAGCAAGUGGUAAAGAUUUAAUAUAUAAAUCCUCCAGAUGACAGCUUUUGUGUGCAAUCCAAUUAAAAAUCCUAAACUAAA